UCAGCGCAGACCACCACCAUCUGUCGAGAUGAACCCUCUCUGCCUGUUAUUGGCGUUUGCCGCCGCGGGGCAAGCCAUCGAUAUUUACCUAAUAGACAAACCGGAUAUAAAACUCAGUCUCCAAAACAACCAGUAUGGGGGACUCAACAUCAUCCUAGAAAGAAACGGGCUCACAGAAGUCAUCUCCGUGAUCGGUCGUCUAACUGGAACUGUGAAGGACAUGGUAAAGAAUGGAGACGUGGUCAUACAGUUCAGCAAUGACACCACACUCAGACUCAAUGCUCAAGAGAUUGCCGGAGAGAAGAAAGGUCACGUGAUCACCGUGAGGUGGGAAGCGCCGAAGACCGUCAGGCUUGAGGACUGCGCCAAUCUUGGACUAGGGCAUUGGUAUGGCGGUCCCCAACAGAAGCGUCAAUACUGGCCCAUCGAACGCCUGGUUCUCCCAAAUUACUCGUACAUCACCAAGGAAGCAGAUAACUGCGGCGUCGCCGAACCCUAUUGGCUCAGCUCCGAAGGCCUCUUCUAUUACUUCGACAAGAAGGUGCCCCUAUUCGUCGACCAGAACGACCUCGAAAAACAUGCUGCUUGUUUUAUCGCACAAAUCAAGCCGCCCUAUUCGAGUAAAAGAGAAAGAAACUUUCUGGUUUACGCUAUUGGAAUCUUUGACGACGUUAAACAAGCCCACCAGUAUGCGGUAGAGAAGUACCUUUUAAAGCCUGUAGGAAUACCUGAUGAGAGAAUGAUACAGUUCCCUAUUUGGUCUACUUGGGCUAGGUACAAACGAUCUGUGAGCCAUAAUGUGGUUUUGAAGUAUGCUGAGGAAAUAUCAGGAUAUGGUUUUCCAAACAGUCAGUUGGAGAUAGAUGACCUUUGGGAGGUUUGUUAUGGGUCACAAACUGUUGAUGUUAGACGGUUCCCUAAUUUGAAGACUACAGUGGAUGCGUUGAAGGCGAAAGGGUUUAGAGUGACGAUGUGGACGCAUCCGUUUAUUAAUAAGGGAUGCGAGCCGUGGUAUUCUGAAGCCAAGGCGAAGGGGUAUCUAGUAUCUUCGGUGUAUGGCUCCGUGGAGACAAGCUGGUGGAACGACAACGAUACCACAACAGCUUACAUUGACUUCACCAACCCUGAAGCUAGGCAGUGGUUUGUCAGAAGGUUGCAGGCACUGAAAGAUGCCUAUGGGAUAGACAGCUUCAAGUUUGAUGGUGGAGAAACUAGUUGGUCACCUCAGAUACCAGUAUUAAAGGGCGACAUUAUGGACCAGCCAGGCAUUAUCACAGCAGACUACGUGAGAGAAAUGGCCAAGUUCGGCCCUAUGGUCGAAGUGCGGACCGGAUACAGGACCCAAGACCUGCCAGUCUUCGUACGCAUGAUCGACAAGGACACAUACUGGACAUUCGAAAACGGCCUCCCAACUCUGGUGACCACGCUACUUCAAAUGAACAUAAACGGCUACCCGCUGGUCUUGCCUGAUAUGAUUGGAGGGAAUGGGUAUAAUGAGCCCCCAAGCAAGGAGCUCUUUCUAAGAUGGCUACAAGCCAACACGUUUAUGCCUAGUAUGCAGUUCUCUUAUGUACCGUGGGACUUUGAUAAUGAGACAAUAGCAAUCAGUAAGAAGUACGUGGAACUGCACGCGAGGUACGCCCCGGAGAUCAUAGCGGCUUGCAGACGAGCGACCGUGGACGGCUCGCCCGUCAACCCGCCCAUAUGGUGGAUAGCGCCCAACGACACAACUGCGUUCGAUAUCUGGGACGAAUACCUCCUAGGAGAGAACAUCUUGGUAGCGCCGGUGCUAGAGCGCCAGGCUCGGGCGCGGGACGUGUACCUGCCCGCGGGCACGUGGCUCGCGCAGGGAGACCCCGCCCGGCGCGUCCGCGGGGGAGACUGGCUCAGGAACUAUCCCGCGCCUUUAGACACCCUUCCUUACUUUAUAAAAGCUAAAUAAUGAUGUAUUUUGCUAUUUAUUUCAAAAAUUGUAAUCAUAUUAUGUAAAUAUAAAUAUUAUACUUCACAAAUAAAGUUUA